UUCCCUGCGGGGUCCUGCUGCUUCCCGGAGGCGCUGGAGGUGCAGACUGUGGCCCAUGGGGCCCUCGGUGCUGCCCACCUGGCUGCAGCCCAGGUAUAGAAAGAAUGUGUAUCUUUUCAUCUAUUACCUAAUCCAGUUCUGUGGCCACUCAUGGAUACUGACAAAUAUGACAGCCAGAUUCUUCUCCUUUGGAAAAGAUUCGAUGGUUGACACAUUUUAUGCUAUUGGGCUGGUAAUGCGGGUUUGCCAAUCCAUUUCCCUCCUGGAGCUGCUGCACAUUUAUAUCGGCAUUGAGACAAAUCAUCUUUUCCCAAAGUUUUUGCAGCUGACAGAGAGAGUGGUCAUUCUUUUUGGGGUGAUCACUAGUCAAGAGGAAAUCCAAGAGAAAUAUGUGGUGUGUGUUUUAUUCAUCUUUUGGAAUCUACUGGAUAUGGUAAGAUACACAUACAGCAUGCUGUCAGUCAUAGGAAUAUCUUAUGCUGUCUUGACAUGGCUCAGCCAAACACUGUGGAUGCCAAUUUACCCUCUGUGUGUUCUUGCCGAAGCAUUUACCAUCUAUCAGUCACUGCCUUAUUUCGAAUCAUUUGGCACCAACUCCACCGUGCUGUCGUUUGACAUAUCUACCUGUUUCCCUUACGUGCUCAAGCUGUAUCUUCUGGUGCUCUUCAUAGGUAUGUAUUUCACCUACAGCCAUCUUUACACAGAAAGAAAAGAUGUCCUCAGAGUCAUUUCUGCCAAACAGAAGAAAAUGUGAGGCAGCAUCCCUGUCCAUUGCACAAAAGAGAAGAUGGGCUCGUGGGUCAGCCUGCAGGAAACACAACACUGGUAUAUGCUAGAGUGAAAGAACACAGAACUUAACAAUAAUCUAUUACACGGACUAUUGCAGACACCGCACAUUCUCUUCCACAUCUACUGUGCUUUAUGAACAAAUCCUCACCAGCCACAGCACACCUUUGCUACACCAAGGCUGUGGACUUCACACAGGUUACAUUUACACUGUGUGACAUCUGAAUGUUUUCGUGUAAAGUUAAUGAGAAAUAGAUUCAGUGGAGUAAGUUCAAUUGACUUAAGACACCAACUGAUUAACUUCUGCAAUUACAACUAGCAGAUUAAUAGGACAGGAAUGCUGUAAAGUAUCCUCUUUAAUUCUAGGAUAACAUACUCUAUAGACAGAUGCCCCCUUAGAGCCAAUCAGCUUGAACAUUACAUAUAUUUAGAUGCCUAUCAAACACCUUCUGUGACUUAGCUCAGGCCACUGCUGUAUCACAAAGUGCAAUCCCCUCCCAUAGGACUUGGUUGUCAAAACUACAGAAAUCUAUGUUUUACAGUCCUGGAGGCUUGGGUGUCCAAGAGCAAGAUGCUAGCCAAUUGAGUAAGGUUAGUGUAGAUGUGAACUGUAGAUCUGAUCAGCUACUCUAGCAGGAACACUGCUAGUUUGAGCUGUAGUUAACAGAGAUAGGAAGACAGUUGCACUUCUUAGAACUUGACAGAAUGGCCCCUUGAACUCUUUGGAGAUACACAUACACACACACACACACACACACACACACACACACACACACACACACACAUAUUCUUCUCUAAGACCAAGGAAGGGUGAAUCAAAGAUGAUCAGAACUGUCUCCUAAGUCACAUAGGGGCAACUUAUUAGCCCUAAUUUGUAUGAUGAUGAGUUCUCUAAGAAAAUGAGGCGUCUACUCCAGAUGUCCUUUCUUCCUCAGCUCUGACCACAAUCACUUUUAUCAAAACCUAAAAAAUGAUAUCAGCAUCUUAAAACUUUUCCAUCUUCUACUUAACUUCAAAGCUGCUUCUCCACAUUUACACUCUGAGUACAGUGGUGCCUCACAUCUUGUUAUCCACUGGUCUCUUCGUUUGGAUUGCUGCAACAAAAUACUAUUAAAUUGAGUGAUUCUGGAAAUUAAAAAGCUCAAUACCAAGAUUACAAGUGACAACUGAUUCUUGAGUGUGGGAUGCAGAUGGAUGUCCACCCACAUGGUAGAGAAAGAAAGUACCUCUCCCAGGUCCCUUCUUGUGAACUCACUAAUCUUCAGAAAGACUCUCUUUACCCCUACUUACUUCCCAAAGCCCACCUCCAAAUACUUCCACUCCUAAAGAAGUUAACAUCUACUAAUUUGUCAUAGAUGUUUUUAGCAGCUCCUUGGUUACCAUGGAGUUAUUCCAUUAUUACUGUAACAUGAUUUUAGACAAUUGCACAGAUACCCACAUCUUUGCCAAAUGCAUAGUUUUCAAAUCCAAUCUGUGUUUGGAUACUUCCUUAAGGCACAAUGUAGCUUUAACCCUACCUGGGUGCAUCCCCAAAUACUAUUUGUCUUGGCAACUUGUGAUUUCAAGAUCUGACAAGAGAGGACUUGAAACAAAGACUUCCUUUAUGGAGUUCAGAACAUGGCCUAAAAAAGCAGCAGCAGCUUGCUUGUGUAAAACAAAGUGGAGCAUCUUGGUGGAACAAUGUAACUCUUAUUUGGGGGUCAUACAGGUAACCAGAGGGAGGUUAUUAUUUCAUUGGUAUACCUUUGCGUUUACUCUUUAGAGUCUCUAAUUUGGACUCCUUAGAGGUCCAAUCAGCAGAAAACCACAUGACUUCCAUCCAUGACUGCUCAAAGCAGAAAAAAACUAGUUAAGGGGACUGAGGAUUACUUUAUUUCCUUCUUUUUGUAAGCUUCUGUUUUCUUGUGAAGGACAGGAGGAAAUACCAGGUCUGAGAAGAAAUUGGGUUGAAACACCAUGAGAAAUCUGAAAUCUGAAGUCUAGGCAGAUUCUUCCUUUCCUUGGGCAUCAGCAAAUGUUUAGUUGCUGAUUCAUGAUGUCUCCAGUGCCCACUUCCUCUUCAGGGCUCAUUGUCUCCUGUGUUUCCAAGGUACUCUGGAAUCCAGAGCUCUUUAAUGCAUGCAAACUUGGUUUACUACACUCAUCCCAAGCUUCCCAGUGCCAAAGGCCUAGUGCUUCUCUUAGCAGAUCUGCACCUUAGAGCGGGAGCCAAGGUACUGACGCAGUAGAACUAGCUUUGGAUCUUAGGCUCUAGGACCUUGGUUUCAGGUAAGACUCUCCCACUUAUUAAAUAUUUUUGUUCCAUUUUAAAAUAGAAAACAAUGCUCCCUAUAGUAUUGUUCAAGACUUCAAAGAAGCUAAGCCAAAUGAAAAGUCCAGUGUACUCAUGGUCUGGCACCCAACAGCAAAUGCUGGAUGACUUUCAGUUUCUAGAUGGUCGGGAGUAUACAAUAGCACACAGGGGAUGAGAAAAAGCUGCUAUAAAUUGCUACCACCUCUUUCUACUUGGCUGAAACUUAUUUCCUUGUAGUCCAACUUGUAAAGGAAUUAUAUCUGGAAAAUGAAACCAGCAGUGCUACUCUGAACUUCCAGGUGCACUUUGGGACAAGAAGAUAUGUGCCACCUGUGAGUAGUAAAAGUUCUAUGGUGUUUGUGAAGCCCCAGGCACUGUCUGUGUGGCAGAUACAAAAAGCACCUGACCUCAGUGUCACAGCUUUUCUUCCUAAUGAUUCCCUGUCUGUACAUUUAUAUGACUGAGCCCCAGUUGAAGUCAUAAUAAUUAGUGAGCAUCAAAGUUAAAAUGCUGCCCGAGUCUCUCGUCAUUGCAGUAGCUGAAACUAUGAUACUAUCACAAACCUUUAGGCCACAAAUCAUUCUGGUAAAGUGAGCUGUACUUUAAAAAAAAAAACAAAAAAAAAAACCAACAACUGAUCUAUGGAGGAGAUAUUUAUCCUUCUUUGCUUAUCUAGCAUCCUAUCAUCUUUCUCCUGGGGAAACUCAGUUUAGAGGGUUUGCUUAGGGCUACCUCCUCUGUGACUUAGGCCUGGUCACCGAGUGUAUCCCACCUGCCAAGGACCAGAUACUGUUCAGAAACCCACAUGGCUUCUGGGGUCCUCCCAGUGCUGCUGCUCCCAUGCCUGUGGGGAAAAGAACCUUUCUUUACCUUUGAGGUUGCUGGCAGACACCUUGCCAAGGAGGAGGCACAGUCUCCAGAGGAGCAGAUCACAGCAUCAUGGGAUCCAUCAGCCUAACCUUGAUGUGAACUAAGUCUCCUUUGCAGCGACUGCUGUUGUGAAUUGGCUAACUUUUUCUUGCACUCAUGACAUCCAAGCACAGGAGUUAUACCUAUCGCUGAUGAACCUAACCCGGGUACCAGUCAGUGUCAUGCUUCGCAAUCUGAACGUGCCUAGCAGUUCUCUUGUGUUUUAUCAACAGGAAUAAAAUUUGU